GUCCGCCAUAUUGGACUCUAACUCUGGUCAGCGGCGGCGCCGGGCCCGGUGGACUCGCCGUUUCUCCCGCCCUGCGGCCACCCGGCAGCUCCCGCCCGCCCGGCUCUGCCCGCCCGCCCGGACUCGACCCCGCGCAGCGUCCCCCGCCCUCGGCCGGCCGCAGCGCUCCGCCGCCGCCACAGCCUCCCCGCCCUCCCCGCCUGCCGCCCGCCAUGAGCCCGGCCGACACUAAGCGAGGGGCCAAGCGCCGGAAGAACAAGCGGGGCGGCGGCGGCGGCUCGGGCGGGGGCCACGGCGGCGCGAGCGGCGGCAAGGCCAGCCCGGCGGCGGCGCUGCGCGGCACCCAGGCCGCGGGCCUGGCGACCCCGGGCGGCGCGGCGGUGGCCAACGGGCCCCUCAGCGCGGGCGCGGGCGGCGCCGCCCCCGGAGGCUACUUCGAGACUCCUUUUAACUUUGGCAUGAAUCACAGAACUCCACCCUACCCCGCCGGGGACUACUGCCUGCUGUGCAGAAGCGAACGCAAAGACUCUUCCUUCCUAGAGAGUGGGAUUAAGACUGCGAGCAAAUUGGCGCUUUCCGUGGCUCCCAAGGGCAACAGCGUGCUGCACCUGCCGCUGUGGGUGUGCCCUGACUGCAGGCGGACCGUGGAGAAGGAGGAGAGGCACGGAGGCCUGGACCAGCCAGCGCAGGGCCAGGACUUCCUUCUCCACGGCCCUCUGGGCGGGUCCCCGGCAGAGGCAGGCGGCGGGAGGCUGGCUCUGGGCACCCAGCCACUGCCCUCCGACACGUCUUGUGCUUGUGAGGCCUGCAGCGAGCGCAGAGAGAUCUCGGCAGAGACGGACCGGGAGCCGCAGCAGCUGCAGAACUACUGGUCUGAAGUGCGCUACAUGGUCCGCUGCAUUUACCGCCAGGCGGGGACCCCGUUGGCAGACGACCAAGACCAGUCCCUGGUGCCUGAUAAGGAGGGGGUGAAGGAGCUCGUGGAUAGGCUCUGCGAGAGAGACCCCUACCAGCUGUACCAGCGGCUGGAGCAGCAAGCCCGAGAGUACGUGCUGGAGAUGAAGGUCCGCCUCCUGCGGCAGUUGUCAGCUGCAGCGCGAGUGCGGGCGCCGUCUGGCCUACAGGGCCCACCGCAGGCCCACCAGUUCAUCUCCCUGCUGCUCGAGGAGUAUGGCGCCCUCUGCCAGGCGGCACGCACCAUCAGCACCUUCCUGGGCACUCUGGAAAAUGAGCACUUGAAAAAGUUCCAGGUGACAUGGGAGCUGCAUAAUAAACACCUGUUUGAAAAUCUGGUUUUUUCGGAACCUCUUCUUCAGAGCAACUUGCCAGCAUUGGUGUCGCAAAUCAGGCUGGGGACCACGACACACGACGCCUGCAGCGAGGACGCCUACAGCACCUUGCUGCAGCGGUACCAGCGCUCCGAGGAGGAGCUGCGCAGGGUCGCCGCCGAGUGGCUGGAGUGCCAGAAGCGGAUCGACGCCUACGUUGAUGAACAGAUGGCUGUGCACACCAGGCAGCGCACACUCACAGAAGACUGGGAGCUUUUCAGACACAGGCGUUUCCUUGAAGAGCAGUUAACCAGUAAAAAAGCAGUCACUGGUGAGAACAACUUCACAGAUGCCAUGAGGCAUGUGCUGUCGUCACGGCUGAGUGUGCCCGACUGCCCCAACUGCCACUACCGGAGAAGGUGUGCCUGUGACGACUGCAGCCUCUCCCACAUCCUCACGUGUGGCAUCGUGGACCCCCCUGCCCCCGGCGACACCCACGCCCACCCGCUGCCCCUGCAGGUGGGCUCUGCUUCCGACUGUGUCUCUGAGAUGCGCCCGCCCAGCGUGUCGUCCGCCAGCUCGGGGUCAGGCUCCAGCUCUCCAGUCACCAUCCAGCAGCAUCCCCGGCUCCUCCUCACCGACAGCGGCUCGGCCCCAGCGUUCUGCAGUGACGAUGAAGAUGUGGCUCCGUUGUCAGCUAAGUUUGCUGAUAUUUAUCCGUUGAAUAACUACAACGACACCGAGGUGGUGGCCAACAUGAAUGGAAUCCACAGCGAGUUAAAUGGUGGCGGGGAAAACGUGGCCCUGAAAGAUGAGUCCCCGCAGGGGAGCAGCACCAGUGCCAGUUCUUCAGAAGCUGAUGAUGAAGAGGCGGACGGCGGGAGUGGGGGCGAGCCACCCGGAGCCCCGAAGGAAGCCGUGGCCCUAGAAAAUGGAAGUCCCACAAAGGAGGACAGUAAAGUGGACAGUCCCCCCCCAUCUUACCCCGCUCAGCAGGCGGAGCCAGCUGCCAACACCUGCGAGUGCCACGUGUGCAAGCAGGAAGCUUCUGGGCUGCCACUGUCGGCGAUGACGGCCGGCGCCUUUCCUUCCAGCCACCAGUUCCUGACCCCGGAGAGGCCCGCACACCCCGCCUUGCACCUGUACCCCCACAUCCAUGGGCACGUGCCCUUGCACACGGUCCCACACCUGCCUCGCCCUCUGAUACACCCCACCUUGUACGCAGCGCCCCCCUUCACACACAGUAAGGCUUUACCGCCAGCACCUGUUCAGAAUCACACAAAUAAGCAUCAGGUAUUCAAUGCAUCUCUUCAAGACCAUAUUUACCCAAGCUGUUUUGGGACUGCUCCAGAGUGGAAUAGUUCUAAGUUUAUAAGUCUGUGGGGAUCAGAAGUGAUGAAUGAUAAGAACUGGAGUCCUGGCACUUUCCUGCCAGAUACAAUUUCUGGGAGUGAAAUAUUAGGGCCAACAUUCUCAGAAACAAGACCCGACACCCUCCCACCACCGCCGAGCAGUGGCUCGCCCACAGGUCUGGACUGUAAAGAGAAAAGAAACGCUGCAAGAAAGAAAUGCCUGUACAGCUUCCAAGACGCUUUCAUGGAAGCGAACAAGGUGGUGAUGGCCACCUCCUCAGCCACCUCCUCCGUGUCCUGCACGGCCACCACGGUGCAGUCAAGCAACAGCCAGUUCAAAGUGUCGUCCAAGAGGCCUCCUUCCUUAGGUGAGGUCUUCCACGGCAUCAGCAAGGAGGAGCACAGGCACGCGGUGCCCGCCGCCCCGAGGAACAGCCCGACCGGCCUGGCGCCGCUCCCCACGCUCGCCCCUGCCCCCCUCGCACCAGCCUCCACGCCUCACCUGGCAAACCUUGCAGCCCCCGCCUUCCCCAAAAGUGCCGCCACCUCUCCUGGGUUUGUGGACACGCGCAAGAGCUUCUGUCCUGCCUCGGUCGCCCCCACGGCCCCCAGCACAGACGGUCCCAUCAGCGCGCCUCCAAGCGUCUGCAGUGACCCGGACUGCGAAGGGCACCGCUGCGAGAAUGGCGUCUACGACCCACAGCAGGACGAUGGGGACGAGAGCGCAGACGAGGACAGCUGCUCCGAGCACAGCUCCAGCACCUCCACCUCCACCAACCAGAAGGAGGGCAAGUACUGUGACUGCUGCUACUGUGAAUUCUUCGGGCACGGCGGGCCUCCAGCCGCACCCACAAGUAGGAAUUACGCAGAGAUGAGGGAGAAGCUGCGCUUGCGGCUGACCAAGCGGAAGGAAGAGCAGCCGAAGAAGGCGGACCAGCUGUCGGAGCGGGAGAGCAUGGUGGACCACCGCCGGGUGGAGGACCUGCUGCAGUUCAUCAACAGCUCCGAGCCCAAGCCCGUGAGCAGCACGCGCGCCGCCAAGCGGGCGAGGCACAAGCAGAGAAAGCUGGAGGAGAAGGCGCGCCUGGAGGCGGAGGCCAGGGCCCGGGAGCACGAGCAUGUCCGCGAGGAGCAGAGGCAGCAGGAGCAGGAGGAGGAGCGGCUCACGGCGGAGCUGCAGCGGCUGCAGGAGCUCCAGAAGCUGCGCGCCGUGAAGAAGAAGAAGAAGGAGCGGCCGAGCAAGGACUGUCCCAAGCUGAGCAUGCUGGCAGGGGCUUUGCAGGCGGCAGCAGAGUCCCUGCCCGACCCUAUGCACAUGCACAACGGCUCCCUCGAGCAGAACGAAGAACCAGAAACCUCACCGCACUCCCCGUCCAGACACGCCAACCACACAGAGCCUGGGCCGGAGGCUGACCCCGGGCCGGAGGCAGAGCCCGGGGACAACAGGGACUCCAAGCUCCUCCUGCCCGAGGGGGUCAGUGGGAAGCAGCAGGAGCCGCUGUCCUUUCUCCUGGACAUAAUGCAUCACCACAAGGAGGGGACUGGCAAACAAAAGCCAAAACAGGCCGGGAAGGCCGGCAGCGAGGCUGGCAGGAGGCCCGUGGAGCCCCCCAGAGCCUCCGAGAGCCAGCCCAGACCCCGGCCUCAGACUGAGCCAAAGGCGAAAGUGCUCGACCUCACUUCCCUGGCGGAGCAGAAGCGAGAGGACAGGAAAGCCAACAGCAACAACAACAACAAGAAGCAGCUGAACCACGUCAAGGAGGGGAAGGCCAGCCCAGGCCCCUCGGAGCCCGCCUGCCCCAGCGAGCCUGCGCACAGCAGCAAGCCGGUGCCGGCCGACUCCCCACAGCCCCGUGGCAAGAGCAAGAAGAGCCGGAAGAAGAAGGGAGACAGAGCCGGCAGCUCGCUCGAUGAUGUCUUUCUGCCUAAAGAUAUCGACCUGGACAGUGUGGACAUGGAUGAGACGGAGAGGGAAGUGGAAUAUUUCAAAAGAUUCUGCUUGGAUUCCGCCAGGCAGACCCGACAAAGACUGUCCAUCAACUGGUCCAACUUUAGCUUGAAAAAGGCCACCUUUGCUGCCCACUGAGUGAGGAUCACCGGAGAGGGACGCACGGGAGCUCGCCAGGCCUUGCCGGGGGGCCACAGCGCCUGGGACCCAGCCCGAGGGUGUGCCGCCCGCCCGCCCGCCCCGUUAGCUUGUGUGCGUGUCGCCUGUGAGCCUCUGAUCGUAGCUCUGUGCCCUCGGGUUGGACAGUAGCUCCCGCCACUUCUUCCGCCACCGUGGCCCCCGAGGCCUGGGCCUUGGCCACAGACGAGUUUGCAUCAUCCACGUGGCUCCGUGGCCCCUGCAUCUCACCCUGUCCUGUCAUCUGUCCCCCUGGGUGACGCCCUCACUCAGCUCCCACCCGAGAUGGGUGGGUGGGCGGGCGGGGCAGGCACGCUCCGAUCUCCACAAUCUACUGUUCAGAGUGUACACGUUGCGCUGUUUGUGUCCGACCCCUGACUUGUAGCCAGCUUGUGUCCGACCCCUGCCGAGUGAGAAAGUUCAAAAGCAAACCCACCCAGUACUCACCACCCAGUCUGUUAGAGUGUACGACUGUAUUAACACGGAGGCCUGCCUGGCUACUUUUUAACAUAUUGUUAAGUAAUAUUAAAAUCAUGUCUUUCUUUUUGAAAGAUGGAAUACAUUAGUACAGUAGGA